GGGUGCCAGCCGAUCUUAGCCCCGCCCACCACGAUUUGAAAUACGGGGAAGAUCGGUCUGGGGAUUCACCGUUGAGGAGCUACUAUGAGAAUAUCAAAACAGGCCGACGAAUCAAAUUGUGAGGGCGGGCUUUAUACGAUGAUUGACAGGUAAACGACAGUAACGGUAAUCUAUCACGUCAUCAAAGAGCGCGUGUGUUGAAUCUGUUUAACGAAAUGGCUGCCGCUGGAGAAUUUAGAUGUGUUGAUUCUGCAAUCGAGUCUGUUCUAAAAGAUAUCGACAGAGGAUUGAUUUUAAAAGAGGAACAGAUAAACGCGAUCAAGGCAUUUGUUGAUGGAAAAGAUGUUUUUGCCGUCCUUCCUACGGGAUUCGGCAAAAGUUUAAUUUACCAGCUAGCUCCGAUGGUCGCUAGGAAGACGGGACAUGAAAAUCCUAUUGUCAUUGUUGUUUCUCCUUUGGUCGCACUUAUGGAGGACCAAGUUAAAGAGGCAACUGAGAUGGGAAUCACGGCGAUGCAACUCGGCGUUCACAACGAGAUGGAUGUAAUUAGCGGUCGUUGCCAGCUUCUUUUCGGAAGCCCGGAGUCGUGGCUGCUGAAUAAGAAGUGGAGGGACAUGCUAGGCUCCGAAACUUUUCAAGCCAACGUAAUGGGUAUAGUCUUGGAUGAAGUUCACCUAACGUACAAAUGGGGUCAGGCUGCAAAAGGGCAGGCGCCAUUUCGGGAGAGCUUUGCCAAGUUGGGAGAACUUAGAUCCCUAGUUAAAGCUGGUACACCUGUGCUGGCAUUGACUGCAUCUGCUGAUCGGGAAUCCAGAGCCAGGGUUAUGAAACAGCUUCAGAUGGACAAUCCAACCAUUUUGGCUUUGAGCCCAAACAGAACAAACAUCAGACUCGGUCUGAUUAAAGUACCUGCCCAUAAACUGGACUGCCUACACUGGAUUGUGAGCAAUGUUAAAGAAAAAGGUAUCUCAAUGUUGCCAGUAAUUAUCUACUGCAAAACUGUGAAGGCUGUUGGCAGAGUGUUCUGCCAUUUGAAGGGGGAACUCGGUGAAGAUUCCUGGGUUGAGCGAGACCCUGAGAAAAAGACUGAAAACCUGCUUAUAGGCAUGUUCCACAGCCAGACACUCCCUCAGAAUAAGAGCAGAGUGCUGUCAUCUCUGAGUGGACAGGGUAGGUGCCGUGUUGUUGUGGCAACAACAGCUCUUGGGAUGGGCUUAAAUUUUCCCAACGUGUCACACAUUGUGAUGUAUGGGUUACCAGAUGAUGUAGAAGCCAUGGUUCAGCAGGUUGGGAGGGCAGGCAGAGGUGGGUUGCAGGCACAUGCAAUUGUUUAUGCUGUUAAACAGCAUACAAAGCUUGACCCAGCAGUUAAGAUGGUACUUGAGGCUGGAGUCACUUGUUGUCUUCGGAAAGCUUUGUACUGCCAUUUCGAGGAACACACCACAUCUGUUGAUCCAGGACAUCUUUGCUGCACCCACUGCCAUUCUGUUUGUUCUUGUGAACCAGAAGGUUGUGGGGAGCCAAUUCCCAAAUAUGAACACUUUCAAGCGGAGGUCUCAUCACCUGACAAACACAGAAUGGUCACACCCGAGGACAAACUUUUGAUCAGGGACCUGUUACAAACUUACAGGAGUAGUUUACUUCAGGACCAUACAAACAUACGACUUUAUACAGUCGACACAGCCUGCACUGGUUUUGUAGAAGAACUCAUUGAUGCGGUUUUAGAGCAGUGCACACAGAUAUUUGAUCUGGACUUCAUUAUCCAUAAUCUCCCUAUAUUCAAACUGGAACAUGCAAAAGAAAUACUAAGAAUUAUGCAUGAGGUUUUUGAUGACAUCGAACAGAGCCAAAUUCAGAGUCAUAAUUUGUUUGAUGACAGUGUUGUUCAGGAUGACCGUGUUCAGGUUGACAUUGACUACACUGGUUACUUUGAUGAAGAGGAUGAGGAUGACGAGAUACAAUUAUCACAAAGUAGCUUGGAAUCAGGCUUGUCAAUGUUGAAGGUCUCAGACUAGCUUCAAAUUCAGACUCAAACCUCUAGCUUGAUUGUCCUGUUGUUGUGCAAAAGCCUCUUUUUUUUACCUCUGUUACAUUAAUACUUUUGAAUAAAAUUUACAUUGUUUAUA